AUUCUCCAAUUCCACUCGACACAGUCGUCGCAAUUGAGCCUGAGCCUACUGAAAACGGAAUAUGAGUGCCCCAAAUCCUGCCCUGAGGCACCAAGUAAUCAAAAUCUACAAAGAGCUAUUGUACCUUGGUCGAGAAUACCCCCUUGGAUUCGACUAUUACCGACCUCGAUUGAAAAAAGCAUUCGCGAGUCAAGUCCACCUGGAGGAUGAAGAAAAAAUCAAGAAAGGGAUCGAAAGAGCGGAGUUCGUGAAGAAGGAAAUCGAGGCGCUGUACUAUUUGAAGCGAUACCGAACCUUGCGGCAACGCUAUGAAACCCCCACCCCCGAUCCGUUGCAUUCUAUCGAAGACCACGCAACCCAAGAAAAAUGAACCGUACAGCCCUGGUCGGGGUGUUUAGAAACUGCGAA